AUGCUCUGCAACCACAACUCCAUCUUAUCAGAGAAGGCCUCGCCCGGUCCGUGGAAAUUGAUAGAAAUAAUUUUGCUCCCCCAGGUUAGUUCAGAUCAACAAAUCAUCGCCGCACUAUGCUAUUUGCCACCAUUUGAGCGAAAAAUAACAAAAUUCCCGGCAGUUCCAACUCGAUCCGGCCGAAAGGCCCAACACCAGAUUCCAUGGCAGGAAUCUCCAAAUUCAGACGCAAUAGGGCUUGGGAUUGCUUCUGCUAGAGAGUCUACUGGAGAAUAUCAGCACCGGCGUGAAGUCUCGUUCGUAAAGAAUUGCGGCAUGGUCCGCUACCCUCAAUGUUCGCAGACGAAAAUCGAACCGAUUUACACGUAUAAUCCGCAUAGAAUCUCUCGGAGUGGACCUGUGGCUCUGGCCGGGCCGAUUCUAACAGCCUUUACGCCACCUCGCGACUUCAAAGACCGAGCAUUGGCCAACGAUGACGACCAGAAUCGAGUAAUAUCUGGUUCCAAGCCUGGAGUUAACCGGAACAGGGCCUAUUCAAAUGUGUCCCGGAACAAAACCUUUACAAAGUACGAGGCUGAAGCACUCGUUGAAGUCAAAACUGCGAUUCUAGAUCCACAGAAUCCUGCGGGGAAAAAUUAUUAUAUUCAAAACUCCACGAACCUCAUGAACACCGUAAUCGAAGAAGGCCAUUCGAUCUAUAUCAGGGGAUUUACAGACGGUGAGUUCACUUCAGACCUUGUUCCAACAAUGAUGGAGUGUUGCGGAGAGAUCGGGGGAUAUAGACCCAUCAAGGGCUUUGCAUUUAUGACCUUCAAAGCCCAUACGAGCGCUACAGAGGCAAUCCGACGCUUCAAUGGAUUCUUUUAUGAUGGCAGAGUAUUGAUAGUUGCACCCUAUCGGAGAAAGGCCGAGUUUGAUAAUCGGAAUGGGCCAAAUCGCUACCAAGGAGACUCGUUUAGAGGCAACCAGCGCUACAUGAACGAUCAUACUGGAAUCCAUCCGAAGCUGAAUCUUGCGAUUAAGAAGACAUAUAUUGAAAGUGGCACUACGCCCAGAGGUGGGAAGGGCCACCGACCGACAAGUUCAGGCCAGUCAACCAAGACGACGAAGUCUGUUGACACAGGCAAAUUACGAAGCGACAGCAUCCCAGACAUUCCAACCAAGAAGGGGUCAUUUGUUUCUGAGGACCUCUCUGUACCCGAGGAAGAAAAAUAUGGGACCUCAUUCAGCAGCUAUAGUUCAUCCUUUACUCACAAGGAAAGCAUAUUUGAUGAAUCGCCAGCGGAGACCUACCACACCAUGAAAAAUUUCGAGAGCUCGUUUGGCAACAAGGAAAGUUCUAUUACCAGCGGCGUUAUUUCAGUUUCCCCCGAGCGUCGUGAUCCCAGCUCGACCAUGGGAGAAUCGGAUAGGCUUGGAAAAAAGAAAAAGAAAAAGCUUAAGAACAUCGAUUUUAAUGUAAUGCCCACUGCUGGCACUGGCCACUCAACACGCAAGAUGACAGGUGAGGCGAUGAGUGCCGAGGCAUUAAAAGCUGAGGGCGUAUCUGAUGCAAACAACGACGACGCUGGCUCUUCUAACCCCCUGAAACUGGAUUCUAAGACAAGAGACGAAGAAUCCUCCACGCAGCCUACUUCAAAUAAAAGCCUGGCAGGAGUCGGCGAGUUUGGAGGCAGAGCACCUUUGAAAAGGCCGACGAAGGUAAACCAUGGUUCUCCUAGAAAGUUAACCACGGACGAGGGGUCGCCCAGAUCCUCAAAGAAAAAGCAUGGCAAGACGGACAGUAAUACCUCAUCUUUUGGUAUCGAGGCCAGAGUGAAGAAAUAUGAAGGCUACGAACUAACUACGAAUGAGAUUACUUACAACCCUGGUGAGGGCCCUCAGUCAGAGGCUAGAAAUCAUGUGAAGGUCAAGUUUUUUAAAAGAAACAAAUCCAGCAUUGACCUCAAAGAGAACACACACUCCGAGCGUGUCCUUCCAGCUACAGAGGUCAAUAUACUUGCCGACCCCACACACUGGCCGAGUCUUGGAGAAGGGAAGCCCAGUUGCCAUGGUCAUGGCCAUUCAACCGUGGUGCCGUUGAACCCCGCGCCGGAUGGAUGCUUGGUGACAGCGAGGAGAAAUUCUAUGGCAGCUAUUAUUUAUCAAAAAACUAGAAUCGUUCCUGCAGUACCACUGCUUCUUCGAUCCGUGACAAUGGCCGAGAUGAGGUCUGUCAGCAGUGAUUCAGCCAAGAGCGACGAUAAGAUCAUCACUGUCGCCAACACCACAGGAACCAGACUCUGGCCUGCAGUAGUGAAGUGGGCCGGGAAGCCUCCGAGCACAGACGUCGUUGAAAACCAGCCCGAAGCAGCCGACCCCGCUAGCUGCCCGUAG